GCGGCGCGUCUGUCUGGGGCUGGGAGCAGCAGCGGCGGCGAGGGGAGGGUCUGCGGCUUGGCGUAGCUGCCGCAGCCGUCUCGGCCUCUCUGGGAGCGAUUGUGUGUGCGCGCCGCUCUCUAGUCUCUGCCGCUCGCCGAGCUGCUCCUGCCGCCGCGGGUGAUUGCUGUUGUCGCUCUCUUCUCUCCGGCUCCGACAGCCCGGCACGGGCAGGGGUGGAGGGGCAGGAAUGUGAACGGGUUUUGUAGUGUGUGUGUGUGUGUGAGUGUCAGUGUCAGUCCCCCCCCCCCCCCCGCCACCACCAGCAUCCUCAUCAGCUGGAUCUGUUGUCAGGAAAGGAGGAAAUUGCCGUCAAGCAGCAGCAGCAACAUCUGGGCGGUCACAUCUGGGCAUGCAACAUCGGCUUCCUCCUCCUCUUCCUCCUUCACCCGAGUGGAUCACUUUGGGGGGGGGGGGGAUACUUCUGCAGUCAAGCCAGAGGUUCCAUCUUAUAACUGAAUAUUGAAACUGGAAGAGAGGGGGGGUGGGCUGGGGAUAAAGGCUGCUUCCCCGCUCCCCUUUGGGAUUUAUUUCAUGGGGAUGUGUUCAAGACAAGAGAGGAUUCAGAAGGAUAUUGACGUUGUGAUCCAAAAGUGCAAGGCGGAGAAGGACUGCCUGUUUACAGAUUUCAGGUACUCAGACUCCACCUUCACCUUCACCUAUAUUGGAGGCUCCAAAAGCAUAUCCUAUUCAGUACAUGUCUCGGAGGAUUAUCCAGAUAACACAUAUGUUUCCAGUUCAGAUAAUGAUGAAGAUGUGUUAGUUACAACAGAGUCAAUCCCAGUAAUUUUCCAUAGAAUCGCAACAGAAUUAAGAAAAACCAGUGAUGUUAACUGUUGCUUAUCUAUAAAAUCAAAAUUACAGAGGGAAAAUGGAGAGGACUCGAGGCACAAUAGUGCAGUUGAAGAAGAUUCUGAAGGAGAUAAUGAUUCUGAAGAGUUUUAUUAUGGGGGACAGGUUAACUACGAUGGAGAACUUCACAAGCACCCACAGCUGGAAGCUGAUUUGACAGCAGUGAGAGAGAUCUAUGGGCCUAAUGCAGUAUCUCUCAGGGAAUAUGGAGCCAUUGAUGAUGUAGACAUUGAUCUGCAUAUUGAUGUUAGCUUUCUUGAUGAAGAGAUUGCUGUGGCUUGGGAUGUAAUCCGCACAGAACCUAUAAUAGUGCGAUUGCACUGUUCUCUUACACAGUACUUAAAUGGUCCAGUACCCACCGUGGAUGUAUUUCAGAUAUCUACUAAGGAAAGAUUUGGGUUGGGACAUCAGCUGAAAAAAAUAAUGCAGACAUUUGUUACACAGCAGUGGAAAAAUGGCAAAGAAAAAUCAAAUUGUACGCACAAUAAGAAAGUGUCUGAGAAAAAGGUGAAAUCCCCUCUGCACAUCUUUUCUACAUUGCGCAGGUCGCCAAGUUAUCCUCCACCUGGCUGUGGUAAAAACAAAUCAAAACUGAAAUCUGAACAAGAUGGCAUCUCCAAAACUCACAAGCUGCUGCGAAGGACUUGUUCUAGCACAGUUAAGGCUGAGGAUGUGUGUGCCACAAAGUCUCACAGAACUUUUGGCCAUUCAUUGUCUAGUGAUCCCAGGGCUGAGCAGACAAUGGCUAUUAAAUCACACAAACUGUUGAAUCGUUCUUGCGCUGCAACUGUCAAACAAGAAGAAUACAUCACUCUAAAGCCCCAAAAACUCCUAAGCAGAUCGUGUUCUGGGGAUCCUCGAUGUGAGCACAAUAGCACCUUGAAGCCUCACAAACUUUUAAGCAGGUCUUAUUCCAGUAAUCUUAGAAUGGAAGAAUUAGAUGGACUGAAGAAUCACAAGUUACUCAGCAAGUCUUACUCCAGUGCUCCUAAGUCAUCCAAAAUGGAGUUUUUCAAGGAACCCACCAUAGCAGAGGGCAGGAGGCUCUCUCUUACCUCAGGGCUUAUUGGUAUCUUAACACCAUCUUCCUCAUCACCUUCACAAGCUGCUCCGAAUUAUGGUGCAAAAUGCAUUCCAAUACGAGACAAUGGCUUUCUUGUGCAGACUAUUGAGUUUGCUGAGCAGCGGAUACCAGUGCUGAAUGAAUACUGCGUAGUUUGUGACGAACCACAUGUGUUUCAGAAUGGCCCCAUGCUGAGGCCCACAGUAUGUGAACGGGAGCUGUGUGUUUUUGCUUUCCAAACUCUAGGAGUAAUGAAUGAAGCUGCAGAUGAAAUUGCCACUGGGGCUCAGGUGGUAGACUUAUUAGUAUCCAUGUGUCGAUCGCGACUAGAAUACACCCCGAAAGUUGUUUUUGAGCCAUAUCCUUCUGUAAGUGAUCCUAAUGACCCUCAGAUGUUGGCCUUUAAUCCAAGGAAGAAGAAUUAUGAUCGAGUCAUGAAAGCUUUGGAUAGUAUUACUUCUAUUAGAGAAAUGACACAGGCGCCAUAUUUGGUAAAGAAGCAGAUGGAUAAACAGGACCCGCUUGCGCAUCCUCUUCUGCAGUGGGUUAUUUCUAGUAAUAGGUCACAUAUUGUGAAACUACCAGUGAACAGGCAACUGAAGUUUAUGCACACUCCCCAUCAGUUCCUCCUUCUCAGCAGUCCACCAGCCAAAGAAUCAAAUUUCAGAGCUGCUAAAAAUCUCUAUGGAAGUACCUUUGCAUUUCAUGGUUCACACAUUGAAAACUGGCACUCCAUCCUGAGGAAUGGCUUAGUUGUUGCUUCCAAUACAAGGCUGCAGCUCCAUGGUGCAAUGUUUGGAAUUGGGAUCUACCUUAGUCCAUUGUCAAGCAUAUCAUUUGGUUACUCAGGGAUGAAUAAGAAGCAGCAGAAGGUGUCAGCUAAGGAUGAACCUGCUUCAAGCAGUAAAGGCAGUAAUGCAUUACAGGUACAGUACUUGUUUCUCAUUGAUAAUGUGAUUCUCCCACCUAUAUUAUCCAGCCCUCAAAUUGCUAAUGAAGUGGACCCUUUGCUAUUGGAUAAAGUAGAUGCUAAACCCAGGGUUGUGAUCACAGAAAAAGGACAGCAGUCCCAAUUUUUGCAAAGCCGUAAUUUAAAAUGCAUAGCCUUAUGUGAAGUGAUAACCUCACCUGAUCUGCACAAACAUGGGGAGAUAUGGGUAGUUCCCAACACUGAUCAUGUGUGUACAAGAUUCUUCUUUGUUUAUGAAGAUGGCCAAGUGGGUGAUACAAGUAUAAAUACACAAGAAACAGGCAUUCACAAAGAGAUUCUUCGAGUCAUUGGUAAUCAAACUGCUACUGGGUAAAAGGACCACUCUUAUUUAAUUGAUGUGAUUUGGAAGCCUUCGUCAGUCUCAAAGCUGGAUUUUGAACUGAAGAAGAUGCAAAAAACUAAUUUAUUAUUAUUUAUUAUUAUUACUACUACUACUACUAAACAAUUAACCCUUUGAAUACUUCCUUUUUUCUUACUUAGUAUUUCUUAUCUCAUUGAAAUACCUGAAAUGGUAUGAAUUAGCAAUUAUAGGGGUACAAAGUCCAUUAAUACUACAACUAAUAGCAAUUAAAGAGACAAUUGGGUUGCUCACAAUAAACAAUUUAAAAAGGAGUUUUGUGCUGAUAUUUUAUAUUAAACUCUUUAAUUGGACCAUUUUAGUACUGUAUACUGGUAUUUUAAAUUUAGAAUGACUGAAAUAAGCAAGAGAAGAUUUUAUAGCGGAGAACCUGCAUUAUACAGGACACUUUGCAAUAAGAAUAUUCACAUAUUUUAAUACACCGUAAAAAUGGUUUCUGGAACAUGUCAAAUUGAAGAGGGUGGUUACUUACAUAUCCUAGAUUCAUUUUACUGUACGCAAAUGCAGCUAGAAUUUAGAGUAAAAAAAGUUAAAAGAAGAAAACAUUUUUGCAGUAUUCAGUUAUUGCCAAGAGAAAUAUACUACAUUGAUGGUGUGUGUCUAGUCUUCUUCAUUCUCUUAAAAAAAACUAUACCAUUCAGUAAACAGUUCAGUUACAUUAUUUAAAAGAUGGAAGCUGAGCUGACCAGAGUUCCAGGGGAUGAGAAGUGAAUUUGUAGCGAAGCCAUUUGUAAACCAGUUUUUACAAUGACCUAUCACCCCAGUUCAGCAAAGUACUUAGGUGUUUUCAGUGGCAUUGCUCUUGUGAUUAAAGUUAAGACGUGCUUAAGUACCUGGCUAAAUCAAGACCUAUAUAUAUUUCAGUUGAUUGUCCAAUUAGGAAGAAAUAGCAAUACCUUUCAUGUUACAAACAUGUCAGAAUGACUCUUUAGUUCCCUUUGGUGAAAUACUAUUAAUUCCUCCCUAAGGAAACAAAGCAAAUCUGUUAAAUCUUUAUGAUUUAGGAAUUACAAGUGUUAAAAAUAAAAUGGUUACCAUAGUAUGAGCAUGUUGGCAGCAACAUAGGGCCCAGGGACCAAUCCUAAAAGGUGCUAAGCACCUCCUAUGAAGUGCUAAUUGCCCUCAGCUCUCACUGAAGUCAUCUUGCAGGAUCAUGCCCUUCCCUUUUGACAACAUUUCAGAUCCCCCUCUGUACAUCUCCACUUACUCCCUUGCAGCCUUGGAAAGGGAGAAGAUAGGCACAAAAAUUACCAUAGAAGAUCACACCUUAAGUUCUCCAGAGGUGGCCUGUACUGUUAUUAACAUGAUGGUUAUUAGGAAGACCCCAGUGUGUGCUUGUUUUUUUAAACAGAGCAUAAGUCAUCUAGAUAAUUGCAUAAUGUACAAAGAUAUUAGGGUUAGAGAUUUAUUGUUGAAAGUCUUUUGUUAUUGCAAGUUACUCUGCUUCUUGCCUCAUCGCUCCUGUUUCCCUGUAUCACAAAAUCCUCACUCAAAAGGAUAAAAUUGAAGUUAUCUAGAAUAAAAGUAGAGUUCUCUAACGGGCCUCUUUGGAACCAGGCCAUCUCUGGAGACACCACUAAUAACCUGUGGCACUGCAGCGCAGUUUAACAUCUUGCACCAAGGAUGAUUCCUGGAGCAGUUAGGUAGUUUGACGGGUCUGACUGCACAAAUGCAAGGAAACUCAGAAUUGAGGCUGGAAAUCUGGACUGACCAUUCUUCCUUAGUUCAUCCUGCUAUAUAUACAUGUAUGGCUGAACUGGGAGGAGGCUGAGCUCAACAGUGUGGUGAAACAUAGAACAUGUGAUGAAAUGCUGUACCUAGAAAAACUGAGGGGAAGUAAGGAGUGGGCUAUGCAGCAGGGAACAAGUCCACAGCGGAGUCCUGCAGUGGCUAAGUGGAAUGAUGGCCCACCAUUUCAGGGGGCCUCCUCAAAUACGGUAUGCAACAAAUAAGUGGGGCCAAGAGGGGUCAGAGCUACCCUAAGUGACAUACUUCUCCCUCCCCCCAGUUACAGCAGAUUCACAGCCUAAAUCCUGCUCUGGGGAAACAGAGUGUAACUAGAGCAGUGAGCGAAAUUCAGUGUGCAUAGUGGACCUCCUGUGCCAGCCACAUAAGGAGUACCCAUAGAUGCUACAACUAUUGGGGGGAAGAGGGAACAUUUCUCCCAUCUUUCAGGCAGGAUGUAAUAAAAGUGUCUUUUUCUCGCCCUUUUCCCAAAAUCUCCCAAACUCCUAAUUACAGGUUUAACCCUGUGACCAAGUAAAAGCAAAAGAGGUAAAGGGACAGUAGUUCUAGUCACAGUACUGUUUCCCCCUCUCAAUGUAUGUACAUCCCAGUGUCCUCUGUCCCCGUGUGUCUUCUCUCUUUGGGUCUCAUAUCCCCAGUAGGGAGUCCUUACUGACUCUGAGAGAGCUGGACUCUUUCCAUUGCGUCCCCUGCUGGCUAAGUCUCGCAGUCUCUUCUCUUCGCCUCAGGGCUCCUUAACAAUUGAUGAGCCAAUGGUAAGACUUGUCUUACCAACUGAAAGCAGAGGCACUGCCAGACUUAGCCAGCGGGGAAGACAAAGGAAAAAGUCCAGCUUCUCAAUUGCAGGGUACAUUCACUGGAAGUGAAGGGAAAUGUCUCCUUUCCUCAAGCCUAGAGCACGUGACAGGAUGUAAACUUCACCUACUUACACCUCUCUCAGUAGGCACCCUCUGUUGGUGAGACCAGCCCCUAAGAGAAUGGGGACAUAACCAAACAGAGGACACUGGGAAGUACAUGUGAUCUGUGGGGAAACAGUGCUUGGGGCACAAGGGGACAGAGAACACUGAGGGUACACUUAACAGGGGAUACAAAACGUUGUUGGGGGUGUGGUCAGACACUUGGGGAUGGCCUAGAACAUGGGAGGGUAACCAGGAUGUUGUAUAGGAACACAAAGCAUGAUGUGGACACCAGGGGAUCCAAAAUACUGCUAGAGGAGUACUUGAGGGACGCAAAGUGGAGCAUGGGAAGUUGCACAAAGCACAGGUCAACACCAAGAGGACAGAGAGAGUGUGGGAGAUAUACACAGAUACAGUGUGGGAGAACAUAGAGCAUUGGUGGGGUACAGAGUCGCACAGAGCAUAGGAACAGACACUGUGUGGGGGUAGACAAUGCUGGUGGGGUACAGAGUAAUACAGACCAUAGGGGGAACAGUGUGUGGAGAACACAGAGUACUGGUAGGGUGCAGAGUGGCACCGAGCUUAGGAACAAAGAGAUGGGGACACAGCCUGGGGGAGAACAUACAGUUGGGUGAGCGGUAUGCAGAGCACUAUAUGUGUAAACAGGCAUGGUCCUACAUGCAAACACAGACACUCAUAUGAUAUAAUAUACAAUGUGGUGCUGCAGGGCAGCUUUCAGGAGGAAGGGAAUCAAAUUCAUCCCUAGAGUCAGCUCUUUACGGUCCCCAAGUUUUGUGUCCCAGCAACUUCAUUGAUUCUGUCCUCCUCUCCACACCACCGGCCAAAUCAUUCUUUUUCUAGUGUCACCUAAAGGAGUCUCUCUGAGCCGCAUGGUGCACUCCUCAUUGAGAUGGGGACUGGGAUUCCUAUGGAAUCUCCUCUCAGCCCUCCAUUCACCCUCCCACUGGUGCCCUCUGCCCCUUGCAGACACCUGCGAGACUUGAGAGACUGUGCUAGUGCUGAGUGACUCCAAAGGAACCGUGGAGUUUUUCCAUUUGCUCAUUCCCAUCUGUGGGCUAUGGCACAGGAGAGGAGCAUGUGGACUUUAAAGACAGUGUGUGGUCUUGAAUUGUCAAUCUUAACCCCUUUGAUUUUGUCUUUGCAGGUCUUCCCUUCCCCCCGUUGCUUCAUUACUGUUACUGUGGUUGAAUUUCUACUUGUUUAGGUGGAUAGUAAUUUUUUUAAAGCCUCGUGCAUACAAACUAAGUGUUAACAAUAACUUUGAAAGGAGUAAGGGCCUGAUCCUGCAAUGUCCUGAAAGGUGCUGUGACUUCCUAUUGAUUUCAGUGGGACUUGAGAGCACUGACCAUAUGGCAGAAUCAAGCCCUGACAGUGUGCCGUUUCUCUUACCAGCAUUAUUUUUCUUAUCUCUGCAAUGCGCCUGAUUCUAUAAGUAGUGCUUAUAGAUGCUAAUAGUGUUAAUUAUCCCAGAGGAAGGGAUAAGUUCUGAAGGCUUCAUGUUCGUUAUCAGGAACUUGAGCCUGCAAAGCACUAAUCACCUCCUGAGAGCCCACAACUCCCACUGAAAUCAGUCGGCCUUGUAGGGUCCGGGUCCUAGAAGGCAGAACAAGGGGAAACUCCCACAUUAUGAAUAGUGGUAGAAUUAAAUGGAAACUCAUUUGGAAACCCAAUAACUUAGGUUGUUUUUUUUUCGGACAG